AUGGUGCCGGCUAGGCCUAAAACUGCAUCUUCCUUUCUUUUACUCUUGCAAAUUUGUCAAUUACAACCACUUCACAUCGAGGUCAACAAAAAAAAACUGUCGCUGUUGCUUCUGCAUUCUUUUUUUUUAAUUCUUUCUUUCAUCCGUUCUUCUUUCUGUCUCUGUUUUAAUUCAAUUUUCUUUCUUUCCUUCUUCCCUUCUUUCAUCUCCCUUCUUUCAACCAUAAUUCUAUCGCUUCUUUUUCUUUCUUUCCAACAUCCGUUCCCCCCCUUCCUUCAUUUUUCCUUCUUCAUAUCAUCCUUUUUUCUUUCAUUGUUUCCUUCAUCCAAUUUCUUUUUCAAUUUGUUUUAUUUUUCUGUCUUUCCUUCACCCUUCUUUUUAUCCACCUUCCUUUCGUUCAUUCUUGUUUCAUUCUUUUCUUUAUUUUUCCGUCUUUCUUUCAUCCUUUUUUUCAGUCUUUUUUCAUUCCUUAUUUAUCUAUUGUUUCAUUCAUCCAUGUUUUUCAUUUUUCUUAAAUCACUUCAUUUUCAUUCUUUUUAUCAUCCUUUCCACUUUUUAUCUUUCUUUCAUCCUUUUUUCUUAUAUUCUUUCCUUCACCAAUUUUCCCGAUUUUCCUUCAUUCUUUCUUUUUCAAUGUUUAUUUUAUCCUAA